AUGAGAAUUUCCAGUAACUGCACUAUGGCUUCGUGGAACUUCGUAGACUAUCCCGAUACAACCAUCCCAUUCUUGCCCUCACUUGCCGGACAUUUGGCCCGUUCUCUAAGUAUGAAACAUCACAGUCGCAUACUCUGGUUCAUUCGGCAUGGCGAACGUGUCGAUAAUGUCAACAAAGCGUGGAAAAUAACCGCCGAACGGUGGGAUGAUCCGCCUCUCAGUCCCCGAGGCCAUCAACAAGCACGUGAAGUCGGGAUAGCUUUGGCUGAUGAGCCUAUCGACUACAUAAUCUGUUCGCCGUUCACUCGUUGCGUAGAAACAGCAACAGGAAUUCUGUCAGCCAAAAAAAUCCCGCCCUCAGUAUGGAUCGAACCAGGCUUGGGUGAAUCGUUGAACGUCUGCAUGUCACCGCCAGGUCGGCCAACAAUGGAGCAAAUUAAGAAAAUGAACCCAUACGUUGAUGACACUUAUGAACCGGUCUACAGUAUAUUACCUCCUGAAAUUGGUGGAGAUGCUGGAUGCAUUCCAAGGGUUAUUAAAACGUUACGUACAAUUUUAGCCAGAUAUCCUACAGGUGAAAUUUUGUAUAAUUUAACAGAUAAUAUAGAAUCAUCACCAAAUCCUUCAGUUUCAGGUAAUAUAAUGUUUAUAUCACACGGGAGCCCCACAGCUGCCUGUCACCUAGCCAUAUGCGGGUCAUGGAAAUAUGUUGGACAAUGUACCAUAGGUACUACUGUCUGA